UAACGUUCUAGAAACGAUUGUGAAACUCCAAUUGAAUUAAAAACCGGGACACAAAAGGAAAAGACACAGAAAGAGUAGGUGGUUACGUACUAGUGAGAAUCAGAAAAAAAGAUACACCUCAGCAAGACAUAGAGAAUACUAUUCUAAUCACGAUGACCAACAGCAUGGAAGAAACUGCUGUCAGACGAUCCAGUUUAGAACGCGGAUUAACGAUGAUAGCGAUUUUCGGGUUCCUCUUAUGCAUCGUUUUGGCGAUCGCCCUCGCAAUUUUGGCAGUUAAAACGAAAUGCAACAUCAUAUCCAGGACCAGUAAGUGUACUCUUAUAGCAACCUAUAAUGCAACGAGUCAUUUUCGAUAUAUAAAUGCAUUAUUUUUUGAAAAGCACAGAAACAAGAUCAGCACUUUCCGUUUUUUAAAGAUUCAUGAAAUCGCAAAAAAAUUGUCAAUCAUGUGUAGUUUUGAAGAAAUUGCCCUUAUAUUUUUUAUUUUAAUUCUAAGCCGAAUCGUAAAGCUUAAGUUGUCCUUGUAAAAAUUGUAAGACCUUAUAACUGAAAUUGUAAUUGCGUGUCGUAAGAUGUACGAUAAUUUGUAAGUACCUAUAAGUUCUCGUAAAUUGUGCGACUAGCAAGAAGUUGUCUGUAGACAUAUUACGUAAAAUUAUAAGCAUUUAGUCAUAAAUUUUUACUCUUACGAGAACAAAUUACGAAUCAUACGAUUAUGCUUAAAAUUGACCUAUAAAUCAUUAAAAAUAUUGAAUGUUUUUAUAUAUGCUUUUGUCUUGGAUUGAUAAUAAGAC